AUGUGUGUGUCAGUGAAAUUCGAUGAACGAAUGACAGAGUUACGUUUCUGUGCGCAACCUAUCCUGCGCACCUUUCACCACGCGUUACCGCACGCGUGCGGGCGCGCCCUAGCAGACGCACGCAUGCACGCAAGCAUUUGCACGCACGUGCGCACGCCGCGGCUUGCUGCUCCUCGGUUGCGCGCCAUCAUCUUUGGGAAGCCAACCCCACUUGCACUCAGCUUCAGCAGAUCAACAUACUUCCCAACAACGUUGAGGCCCACGACCAGAUACGACCCGUACCGGUACUACAACAGGGUCACUACAAGGCCCGCUAGUGUCGACAACUCGGGUCGUUACGACCCCGGCAAAUACGACCCCGGCCGCUACGACGCCGGUCGCUACGACGCGGGUAAAUACGACCCAGGCCGUUACGACCCCAGCAAAUACGACCAGUCUGGACGUUACAACCCUGACAGUUCCGGAGCUUACAAUGGUGACCGCGGCGACCGUGGCGGCGCUGGAGGCUUUUACACUGGAUCCUCAGACCGUGGUGAUGCUGGUGGUUUCUACACCGGUUCAUCAGACAAGGGUGGUCCAGGAGGUCCUGGAGGCGCCUACACUGGUGAUAAGGAGCCUAGCGCACCAGCGACCACCGCAGCACCCGUGACCACCGCCGCACCCGUGACCACCGCCGCACCCGUGACCACCGCUGCACCCGUCACACCCGAACCCGUCGUUAUAAUUUCCAGCACUCCCCAAUACGUCAGCUCGACACCGAUCUACGUCAAACCCACACCAAUCUACGUCAAACCCACACCUAUCUACUACCCAGUUGACCCUAAAGUCAACACAUACGACUACAAAUACGGCAUCAUUCGUUUCGAAAAAGAACAAUCACCUGACGGUUACCACUACCUCUACGAGACAGAGAACAAGAUCCUUGCCGAAGAAGCGGGUAGGAUCGAAAAGAUCGACAACGAACGUGAAGGCAUGAGAGCUAAAGGAUUCUACGAAUACGUCGGCACCGAUGGAGUUCUGUACAGAGUAGACUAUACCGCUGAUGAACGCGGAUUCAUACCUGAAGGAGCUCAUAUAGUAAAGGGGCUAUUGUAAAUACUAAUAAUAUGAACCAAUGGGCACAGA